CAUUGACAAGAGAGGUUUUGAGAGAGGCAGAGAAAGAAGCUUGACCCAAGUGGCCUCCAGAAUGAAAGGAUAGAAAAACUACUCCAAAAACAAAAACAAAACGGUCCCUGGAACCCAGCUGUAUACCAGCUGGGGAGAGACAGAGGGAUUUGGGGUAGGUGUGGAUUCUGAAUGAAAUGAGGGUAAAUGGCUGUAUUACUUGUUCAAAAUUAAAGGGAUAACUGUAAGAGAUGAUGUAGUUACAAAAGUGGACAAAAGGCCACGCUUGGGAUGAGGAGGUAGAGCCAAAUUCCAGACCCUAAGUUUAGCUCAGCGCAGUGCCAGGAUGAGUCGGUAUGCGGGGAACCAGACACCUUGUCCCGGGAGCCAGGCCUUUGCCCCUGUAGGGCAGGGUCAGCCUAGGUCAGCUACUGGGAGUGGAGCCCAGCUGGCCUUGCGCGCUCACCUGUCCCCGACAGUUCCCUACUGCUGACUGGGCCAUACUGGGCGGCCUAGAAAGGCGGUGGAAGGGGGGUCGACAAAAGGGAGAUCGGGGCUAGGGUGGUGGCUUUGGGAACCCAGAGAAAGGGCAGCACCUGCCUCCAUUCUCAGCUGGGUGCACCCUCGGCUCACGUCUCAGCUUGCCCGCUGCCGGCCCCGCCCCUCCUCGCCCAGUGGGUACUCGGAGCUCAGCCCAGCUUGGACAGUAGCAUCCAGGGACCUCCCCAAAGCCACAAGACUCGAAUGUACUAAGGACACGGAUGGCGACUGUGGGGCCGCGGACCGGGCCGAACGCAGGAGCCGAGGCGCUGGCCCUAGCGGCAGAGCUCCAAGGCGAGGCGACGUGCUCCAUCUGCCUAGAGUUUUUCCGGGAGCCGGUGUCAGUCGAAUGCGGCCACAGCUUCUGCCGAGCCUGUAUUAUGCGCUGCUGGGAGCGUCCCGGAGCUGGGACCGGCACGGCGACCCGCACGCUGCCCUGCCCACUGCCCUGUCCUCAGUGCCGCGAGCCCGCGCGCCCCAGCCAGCUGCGACCCAAUCGACAGCUGGCCGCGGUGGCCUCGCUCCUUCGGCGCUUCAGCCUGCCCCCCACCGCCCCCGGGGAGCGCGGGACUCCAGCGGUGCCUGCCCGGGCGGCGGCUGCGCGGUGCUCCCAACACGGAGAGCAACUUAAGCUCUACUGCCAAGACGACGGCCGCGCCAUUUGCGUGGUGUGCGACCGCGCCCGCGAGCACCGUUCGCACGCCGUGCUGCCGCUGGAGGAGGCGGUGCAGGAGGCCAAGGAGUUGCUGGAUUCCAGGCUGAGGGCCUUGAAGAAGGUACUGGAAGACUAUGAAGCGUUCCGGUCAACAGAGGAGAGGGAGAGCAAGGAGCUUCUACAGAGUUCACCCAUCCAGACCUUUGUUCCACCUCUUUGGUUUGCACCUGUGAUGAAGAGGACAUUCUCUAUGGCCUGGGUAACAUCGAAGUCUCUGACUCUCCUCCCCAGGACAUUGUUUAGCACAUGCCAUCUCUGUCCUUUGCCAAACCCUCCCCUAACCUAUCCAAAGCAGGGCCUUCACAGCCAAGUCAGUGCUCUACCGCUGAGCCAUACAGUCCUCGUUCUGCUUGCCAUACAGCAACAGAAGCAGAUGGCAGCAGAGAAAGAGAAGGUAGGGGCGGAGUUCCAAGCGCUGCGGGCCUUCCUGGUGGAGCAGGAGGGUCGGCUUCUAAGCCGACUGGAGGUGCUGUCCCGGGAAGUGACACAGAAACAGAAUGAGAACCUGGCCCAGCUGGAGGGUGAGAUCACUCAGCUGUCCAAACUCAGCGGCCAGAUCCAGGAGACAGCUCAGAAGCCGGACCUAGACUUCCUCCAGGAGUUCAAAAGCACACUGAGCAAGUGCAGCAGCGUGCCCAGCUCCAAGCCAACCACAGUCUCAUCUGAGAUGAAGAAUAAAGUGUGGAAUGUUUCCCUCAAGAGUUUCGUCUUAAAAGGAUUGCUGAAGAAGUUCAAAGAGGAUCUCCAGGGAGAGCUGGAGAAAGAAGAGAAAGUGGAACUCACUUUGGAUCCAGACACAGCCAACCCCCGUCUCAUCUUGUCCCUGGAUCUAAAGAGCGUACGUCUAGGACAGCGCGCCCAGGACUUGCCUAACCAUCCUCGCCGCUUUGAUACCAACACCCGCGUUCUGGCAUCCUGUGGUUUCUCCUCUGGGCGACAUCACUGGGAGGUGGAAGUGGGCUCCAAGGACGGCUGGGCUUUCGGUGUGGCCCGGGAGAGCGUGCGUCGCAAGGGCCUCACGCCUUUUACCCCCGAGGAGGGCGUCUGGGCAAUGCAACUCAACAAUGGGCAAUACUGGGCGGUGACCAGCCCCGAGAGGACACAGCUCAACUGUGGGCACUUGUCGCGGGUGAGGGUGGCGCUGGACCUUGAGGUGGGAGCAGUGUCCUUCUAUGCAGUGGAGGACAUGCGCCACCUCUACACCUUCCGCGUCAACUUCCAGGAGCGAGUGUUCCCCCUUUUCUCUGUUUGUUCUACCGGCACAUACUUGAGAAUCUGGCCUUGAAGAGCUGUCAGGCUUACUAGGAGGGGACAGGGCAGCGGUGUAUCUCGGUGAGACCGAGGUACUUUAUCUUGGACCUUCCUUCACACCCCUACUUCUGCUGCCCAAGAAGGCUGCCAGAGAGCACAACACAGGCGCUGAAGACUGAUUGAGCAAAGAGGCCCUGUGGGUAACUUCGCGAUUGCACAGCGAAGAGAUGCCUUGGACCCUUGGUGCCUGCUGGCUCCUGUAAUGUUCCUGCAAAUUGUGUCUGAACUAUGGAGAGGCAUGGCUCACUGGCAUAAAAACCCAGCUUUAAGCAAGGCUGCUUCUUACCACAAGGGCUUACUGCCUUGAUUUAGAAGGGUCCCUGUUUACACAGAACAAUGUCAAAGACUAGUCCCCUUGCAAAGGGUGUGGUUUGACCCUGGGCCCAUCAUGUAUUACUUUACAUUUUGUGACAGCUGCAGGCUCUGCCUGGAGAGGUCGUUGAGUCCCUUGGAUCCAGCUGGCCUUCCUGGAUUGUUUAUUCUGGGAGGAGCAUUGUGCUCCCCAAUUAGAAGCCAGUCUGGCUGGAUCUGAAAGGAGACUCAUGACUUAUACAAGAGGCCAGAACUAUAGUAUAUACAUAUAAGCACAUUGCCGUUCUCCAGCAACUCCCCCCCCCCCCCCCCAUGGCUUCUCUGUGUAGCCCUGGCUGUCCUGGAACUCUGCAGAGCAGGCUGGCCUUGAACUCAGAAAUCCACCUGCCUCUGCCUCCCAAGUGCUGGAAUUAAAGGCGUGCCUGGCUCUCUCCAGCACUCUUUGGGGCAUCCUUUACCACAUUGACUGCCAGUGUGGUCACAGAUGCCUUAAGCCUCACAUUUUCCUUUGGCUAAGGAGAUCAGAGGUUCUGGAACUGUGAAACACAUGUUGAUACUUAGGAGUUUACAGAUGCAGCUAGCACCCGUGUAGAGAUGCACACAGCUCAAGCACAGUCUUAACAAACCCUUUCUGGAACGUUCUAAAUCUAUGCAAACACCAGAACAUGCUGGUGACAAGGAUUCCUGAGCAUCUGCCCUGGAGGGGGUUGGGCAGGCCAGCCUCCUUAGCCUCUCCUCUCAACUGGCUUUUGUUCCAUAGUGUCCACAAAGCGAGGCAAAGAAGGGCAGGAGUGGGCUGUUCCCUGCUUAGUGCUCUGCUUGGAAGUGGGAGAGGAGAUCGAAAUACAGAUUGUGAGCACAUUUC